UUGCUCGUGUCGGUUAUCUGGCGGAUUUGAAAAACAAAAAAAACCAAUUGAAGGCCGGUUCUUGUGUGUGAUCGUUGAUUUUUCCUGACCCAUGUCUCCUCGUCGGAUUGUUGCUAGAUGGAAUAAGCCCGUAUCGCUGCGUUGCUGAACGGAAUCUUCCGCUCGUUUCGUUUCCGUUCCCUGCUGCUCUGGACGGUUGCUUUGAUUUACCGGAAAUUAUCCUCCGAACUAUGCUGGUGGGGACGACGACGACGGUCCGUUGCUGAUUGAUGGAUGUUCCUACUUAGAGCAUCGGUGCCGGAUCAGACAGAGGCUGACCGAAUGGAUCAAUUUUCUUGAGUUAUGACCUCCGUGGGUUUGGGUACAGGAAAAACGGAAAAACAUCAACAAUAACAUCAGACAUCAAAUGGAUUACGUUUCGCGGCCUGCUGCAAUUAUUAUUGGCUAGUGUGUUCUUGUGCUCUUGUUGUUGUUAUUAUUAUUGUCAUUAGGUCGGUGCUCUGUUUGCCAUUUCUUCAAGUGAGCUUCCAUAAUCGAAUUGUAAUCCAAUUAGCCGGGUUUGGUCACUGGCUAGCCCCGCGUGGCUCGACUUCGAUUGUGUGGGUGGACGACGAAAAAACGGAGUGGUGGAAAACGUGGAAAAGUUUACCCAUAACAUAAGGAAAAUAGAGAAGAAACUCAUCGAUAAAAAGAAAAGUUCAACAGGAAACAUCGCAUAAGUUAUGGAGUGAGAAAGAUUUUGUUUUACAUUUCUUUCUUAUUUUCGUUACGUAGCUGUGUGGAAAAUCAAGUGAAAAUACAACAGCCAACGACCGGUUGCAAAACUUAGCUUAGUGAGCGAUAAAUGUUGAGUGUGUUCCAUUAGUUUAUGGAAAGUGAUUGCAAUUAAAAAUUCAAACAAAAUUGUGCAGUGAAGAAUUUUCGAAUCGUUGGGCAUACGUCGUCGUCGGUCUUUUUGAAAUCAACGAAAAGGAUUAGUGAAGCAGAAAAUGUCGUCGCCAAAAAGGAUUACCACCAGUCGAAUGCAGUUUGGAUUACAUUUCGUCCUAAUUUUAAUAGUGUCCUCCAUCUGCGGCAAUCACACACUGGACAGCGCCAAAGCGAGCGGCAACAAACCCACCGAUGGACCCCACGCCGAGCGACUGCAACUGCCAAUGCCGGGUCAGGGCGCUUCCGAGCCAAUCGAGCCAACCCUGACGCUCAUCCCGGACGAAGAAAUCGCCCACUUUGUGAACCAAUCGCGGAUGGUGGGCUGUCGCUUUUCCGGCAAUCCGGACGUUGUCAAGCUGAAGUGGCGCAAUCCGAAAAACGCCGUCAUCAACGACACGAAAGGGCGCGUCCACAUCGAAGAGUUUUCCGGCUCGCUGAUGCUCAUCUUUGAGUCCAUUGUCCGGUCCGAUCAGGGCAACUGGACGUGCGAGGCUGCGGAUGCCGAGAGCCGACCCGUACGGAAAAAAUCCUUCAAAAUGAUAGUCAACGAGCCAAUCUCGUUCCGGGACACGAACACUGUCCAAACGGCAGUCGAAGAUAAGGACGCCACCAUCCGCUGCGAGGUCAGAGGACAUCCGGAGCCAUCCGUUUCGUGGUACUUUAACGGGAAACCUUUGUUCCCACCGAAUGGAAAGUACACAAUGCUCGCCGAUGGGCUUCUAAUCAAAAAGGUUUCCAAAAUGGACAGCGGCGAGUAUACCUGCAAAGCGUUCCAGGUUUCGACGACCGGCAGCAGCUUCGAGGAAAAAACGAUCCGGCUGAACAUCCGGCACAAACCUUUCUUUCCGAAAAAAGGCAUCUACGGAACGCUGAGCAAUACGACCUACGGCUACGUCGGCGGAACAGUGAACCUGACCUGUGAAGCGGUCGCCGAGCCGCCGGCCAAUUUCACCUGGUCCAGCAAUAAUCGGAAGUUUUCCCAUAAAAAUCACAUCAUCUACGGGGGGCCCCAUGUGUCGAUGCUGCAGAUCCUGAUCAAAAACAGCACCGUUUUUGGCAAGUACAAAUGCGAGGCAAAAAAUGACCUGGGCACAAUAUCACGGGAGAUUCACCUCAAAGAGGGCACCAAACCGGAUCCCCCUAGCAGGUUUCAGCUGCGCGGAGUGAAUUCCGACACACUGGACAUCGACGUCGGGGCGACCAAGUCACACGACGUGGAUCCGGACCACAGCACCAUCAUCGGCUAUCGUUUCGAGCUGAUCCCGACCGAGGAGUACGGGAAGUAUCGCAGCUGGGAGCGGGCCGAGCGAAGGGAUUUCGACGUCGAGGACGGUGUCACUUAUCUGCUGGUGCACCUCAUGCCGGACACUAAAUAUCUGAUCCGGGUCGCCGCUCGGAAUGCCGCCGGGCUGAGCGAUUGGACCGAGGUGAAGGAAUUUACCACCCAUCCGUUGCAGCCCCACGGGUUCAAUUCCGGCGGUAGCAGCAGUGGAUGGACCGGGGUCGGAGGAAGGGAUUGGCGGGCUUUCCUACAACUGGUGGUGCCGCUGAUGUUGGCCGUGGCGAUGGCAUUUUAACCACCAAAUCACGGAAUCGAUAUAGGUUAAAAGUAAUGGCGAUGCUGACGCCGAGUCAAUCCAGAUAAGGGAAAAUGAGGUUGAGGAAGACGAUAAAAUAGAGAAAAAAACAACAUUGAAGGAAUGGUUCAAUCAAAAAAGACUUUAAACUGAUUAAGAAAGUUGGAAAAAACGAUUCGAGGACUAUCGUUUUCUGCUCAUGGAUGAGAGAUGAACUUUAAGAAAAUCAGAGAAGAGACAAAUUUUAGAGAUAAAAUGAAAAAUCCAAUCAUGAGCUAACGAAAACAAAAAAAACGGUAAAAGUCUCUAGUUCAUAUUUUUGUUGCAUUUCCAUCCCCCAUCACACGGGGGAUCAAACUUUCGAGCAGCAGCAGUAGAAGAAUGGUGAAAAUCGACGAAUUUCCAGUUUGUUUUGUAUUUAUCCUAGGCUAGCUGAUUUAUUAGUAAAUAACUGAAACAAAAAGUGUGAUGGAGCAAGAGAAUUUAAAAGGGAAGGAAAUCUUUUCAAAAUGAUAAAAAUCAAUCGUUCUCCAAUUGUUGAUUUCUUAUGACUGGUAGUAAAACAAAAGAAACUCGAAGCACGUCAUGUUGAAGCUACGGUAAUCAGAUGGAAUUUCGCAAUCAAGUAGGCCUUUGUUCGUGCAUCACAGUAAACAGCGAACUUUAAUAAUCUAAAUUGAAAUUGGAAACAUUACUCGUUUUUAUCCAUAUAAGGAUACCCAUUAUUUUUGGACAGGAGAAUUUGUUGAAAUUUGUGAUAUUUGUGAAAUAUGGUGGUUAAGGUUUGAGAGAUAGACCCGAUCAGACUUUGGAAUAAUCGCCUAUCAUGAAGAAGACGGACUAUUUCGCCUCGGUUCUCCAAGAGGAAGCGAAGCCGGCAGUUUCGAAGAGGACGAGUCCUUGGUUUCUUUUUAUGUUUCUGCUUUGUUUCCAAGUGUUUCCGUUAGACUUAUUACCACCCAGAAAAUGGAGAGGAUACAUCGAUGACAUUUUUUGUGUAGUAAACAAAGGUUUUCUUGAAGAACUUCUAACAUCCAUAAUCGGUUUGCAUAAGAAUAUCAAAUUUCCUUGUGAGUAGUUGUUGCGAGUAGUUGUUGGAGAUUUUAGAAUAUGGUGAACAGUGGAAGUCGUCACAUUUUUACUUUUAAAAUAUUGUACGUACUGUAGACUUUUUGCCGAGAAUGUCACAAAAAUGGCUAUUUGAGGAACUUCUCGGAACUUCAAGUCAAUAUAAGGCAUGUUGAAGAACUUCUUGGAACUUCAAGUCCAUGGAAGGCUAUUUGAGAUCUAAUUUGUAACUUUUAUACUGAAUGAAUGCGAUUGACAUGUCACAAAAAAGGCUAUUUGAGGAACUUCUUGGAACUUCAAGUCUAUUAGGCUAUUUGAGAAACUUUUUGUAACUAUCAUGUUCGCAUUCAAGAAAAUUCGGUACCAAUUCCCUUUGGAACCUUUGUUCAGCAAAUUCCGAACUUUGGAGGCACGCGAUUAAGUAGAUAAGGGACUUUUGGAUUUUUGGAUUUUUUUUGGUCGCCGAAUCACGAUAUAACGGAUGCUCAUUGUUUGAUAACAACCGUACAUUGUAUACACUAUAAAUGUCUGAAACCAUUGUGGUUCUGUCGACUGUGUUCUACGUUCUGUGCUUAACUCUCUGUUUAACAUCCAUAUUCAUAGCGCGUUCCUCCCAUUUCUAUUACUAAUUCGAUUCAAAACUUAAAAGUCCGGAAAUGUCUGGAAUAAAUGACAAAAGUCUGGAAGUCUGGAAUGGGAUUGUUGAAUAUUCAGUAAAAGAGCGAUCUCCAAGAUCUAUUCGGGAAAAUGGCCGUCGAUCCACCUAGAAAAUCUGAGCUAAAGGAUCGAUCCAUGAUAGAUCGGUCUUCCGAUUUUUAGCAAGGGGUGCUACUUUUUGUUAAAAAAUGCAAAAAAAAACAAGCAGUUUUAAAGGUAUGUUAACCGUGUACCUACGAAUAAAAAAAUCCUAAACUUUGAGAGUAUACAAUAUAAUAAACUUUGAAUCGAGAUAGAUAUACUUUGUGGAUUUCGAUGAUUUUUGAUUUCGUAAAGUAAAACUCGGCGAUACUUCCAGCGUCGGUGACUCAUCAGAAAAAAAGAUCAGCAAAUUGACCAUCACGUAGACGUCACUCGGUUGACAGCGACGAUCCUCGUCGCAAAGUGCACCACCUGCAGUGCUCCCAGUUAUCAACAUCCUUCCCCCCGUAACACAGGUCGAAACGUAGCGGCCAUAUCUUCGUGGAACUUGAGAAUUUAUUGCUGCAGUAUAUUGUCCGCACCACGGAAGUUAGUCCCGUUGUCGGAAUGGAUCUCAAUAGGAGCUCCUUGUCGUCCUAUGAACCUGCGGAUUCCCAUGAUGCAGGAUUCUGUGCUCAGCGUGUAGACCACUUCAACGUGAACGGCUCUGAUGGUCAUGCAGGUGAAAAGGGCAAUCCACCGCUUGACCGAACUUCUUCCCACUUUCACCAACACUGGGCCAUAGAGAUCUAGACCCACGAAACUGAAGACCAACUUCAUUUCAAGCUAAUUUUAAUUUUCUGGAUAGUUUAACGUGCAAAAAUUUCUUUUUCCAUUCAAAUUUCCAUAUAAAAUUGAAACGCGUUGCGAUUUCUCAGGAAUUAACCGAAUCAUCUCAAUUUCUACAAUGAUGCUUGGUGACCCAAAAGGCUUCAAAAAAUUAUAUGAUGGCAAAAAGUCAUUUUUUUCAGCGGUCUAGUACCAGGUGUAAAUCCACAUUUUGCUCAGAUAGGAUGGUCAUUCAAAUUCCUUCGGAUUGAACUACAUAAUUUGAAUCCAAUCAGUAGAGGAAAUAAUUUCAGAAUAUGUUCAACAUAAACCAACGAAAACCAUGAAGGAACGUUAAAUCAGUUUUUAACGGUCGCCAUAUAAAAUACAAAAGAAACCAAAAACACACUAAGUGGCAACCCGGUCCUAAUCACAUCACCUCACCGCAUUCACUCACUUUUGGGUAACUUGAGUGAUGCCAGUCAGCCAGCCAAGCAGCUAGUCGACUUUAUCCAGCGUAGUCGCUUGUUUUUCUUCGCACCCAUCAUCGGUAUGCUGCAGCAUUAGAAUGACCCGUAUGGGUUUUCAGCUUUUGUUUUUUUUUUCGUUUUCGACAAAACCUGAAUGUGUUGCUUGUUUUCCGGAGUGAUAAAUUGCAUUUUCCCCCCACAACAAUUGUUGAAUCUGGCCGGAAAACCCUUCUGGAACGUGCUGAUGGUGCUGAGGAAGUGUCCGAGAAUGCACCCACUGCAGUGCAGCUUCCACAGGCACCACAUACACUGUGAUGUUCGUCGGGGAUGAUGCAUUGGAAUAUAAAUUAAAACGGAUGAUGAUGUAUUCGUAUGUGUGUGAGUGAGUGGAACGAGGAUGCACUUUUUCCGGUUUUGAACCGCAACAAAACCUCGUUUGGGCAGGAAGGAAGGACAGAAAAAAGGCACACCCGCCGAGCUUUGGCUGCAGAAUGAUAACACGUUCUCUGCGCUUCAAAUGAGCAGUUUCUUUUUUCCACUCUUUGCUAUGAAUUUUAUUUGAAAUACGAAGUGAUGUGCAACGCUGCUGAUGGGAUAAAUUGUGGGAGGCAAGUGUUUCUGGAGGGCAAAAUCGAAUAGAUAAAAGAAAAAAGCUUUUACACAUCGCAUACGUCGUACUCGUCUAUUGAUUGCAAUUUUCCCCAGCACACGACCCUAUGGGGUCUGGUAUUGUAUUUGUUUGUUGAUCAGUCAUGUGUUUUUCCGCCUUUCCUACGGCUUAUUUGUAUUUUUACAGCUAUAUUUAAAUGUUUCAAUCGAGACGAUGCGUCAAUAUUUUCAUUUUUCCUGGGCAACGAAAAAAAAAUACAUUUCAGGCUUUGUCUUCCAUCCCGUGGGAGAUUAUUGGACAUCAACUUUUACCCCUCUUUCAACCUAAUUUAAUCCUUCCAACGAAAAAAUACAACACAUGGAAACAAACAAGCAUUAAAAAAAUUCCAUGGAAUGUAAGUCGACAAAAAAGCUGUUUUUCAUCGAAAAGCCACCGGUUGUUGGUACUCGAAAAGCAGGCAUCGAUUUUUUCCAGUGUACGCACAAAGGCGAUCUCCGAAGAAAAAAAAAACACAUUGCAAAUCCAUUUUAAUGGAUUUUUCAAUUCUGACCGGUUCCGGUUUUAUCGGUAAACAUUUUCAAAGAACAGAGAAAUCAAAUAAUAAUAAUAAAAAAAUACAAAGCAGAAAAAUAAACACCGAACAAAAAUAUACAUAUGUAGGACGUGAAUAAACGAGUGGCUUCCAGUGUUUAUUAAUUGGCAAUGGUUGGGCACUUUUUCCGGAUUCAGUCAGUCAGUCCGGUAGUUCGAUGGUGCCCUGCAAUCAAUUUGUCCUUUAUUUUUAUUGCUUUCCCGAAAUGAAAAAAAACAUGAUUUUUAUCGUAUGGAAUUAAGUCCUCGACGCGCUUUGUUUUUAAUUAUGGGGGAUCAUUGUUGUUUGUGUCUUGCUAUGUACAUUUCCCUUUCGUGAGGGUGUCGGUUGUUUUUUUUUUUUUGGAUGGAAGGUUUUUUUUAUUUAAAUUUAUUGAACCAUUUUCGUUUACGCUUAAAACGAUUCUGUUCAAAAUUGUGAAAGCGUAAGAUUAUUUGACAGCUAAAAUUUAAUGUGACAAGUAAAAAAAAAAAACAAAACUUAGUUAAUAUCAGUUUUAUUCAACGAGAUUCAUUUUCUGAACAUAAAAUGAGUUCUGGGAUACAUGACAAAACAUAUUUAAAAGUUUACAAGGAUGUUCUAUGAUUAAGAAAUUAAUUGAAUCCAGCAAACAUUUAAGGAGGUAUAUUGCAGGAACAACAGAAUUAUGCAAACAAUUAUACCAGAUGAAAAGAUUGUAUUAAACUUACCAAAAUAGCAUAUAGCUACAAAAGUUGAGGCGAUAUAUCUACAAUGACAAGAUUCCAACGAUUCGAUUUUCCCACAAAAUGCAUAAUAAACGAUUUUAAAUAAUUUGAGUAAAACGAAAAAAAAAUCCCAGGCCCAGAUUUAAAUUCCAGUCCUCCGAGUUCGCAAUCUGGUAUCUUACCACGAUGCCAACUCAUCAAUUGACUAGAUCUACGCUCUAGCUCUAUAGGUGAGAUUUUCUAUUUAGGAACCGGUCAAAGGAAGAAAGGGAGGGAUUGAUAAACCGCCCAUUUAUCGUAAAUCAGUUCACUCAAAUCGUAAAUGUCGAAUUAGCAUAUUCCCAACUUUUUGGAGACAUAUUUACGAAUUGACUAAGUUGCUAUACGACUGCUUGCUCAACUAUUUUUGGACAAAGCUUGUCGUAAAUGAAUUUAUUUUAUUUAUUAUUAACUCAUAUAUUCAAAACUUCGUUGAAGACUGCAAGCCCAUUUGAAUUUUGUAUGGUUUAAGGAAUAUUGAAGAAGUAAGUUUGUUUUUUUUUUUUUUCAUUUUGACAAGAACCCUUUUUUAAGAAAUCCAAUUUUUUGUAAUAUUCUAUAGUUUAACCUGAAAAGUUCACAAUCUUAUUUAGUUUUUUUUUCAUUUAUUUAUAAGUUAUCUAAAAACACGAGCUAAUAGAUGAUUGCAUAUUUGCUAUCAGCGCACCUUAACCAAUUAUUCUUUGACCUCAUCCAACAACAUUUGGUACAUACAGAUACAGAUAUUUAAAAAAAACUUACAAAUAAUAUGGGAGAUUUAUGAUUUGUUGCGUUAAACAAAAUUUCAUUUUUCCAUCUAUUGUGGAACUGCCUUAGAUACCAAUUUUCAUAUCAAACUUACUAAAAACUAUCAUUUAAUCACUCUAGAUUGAAUUCAAUAAAAUGGAAAAUUUCCAGUGAAUAAUUCUACACUUUUAAAUUCAUAUAUUACUGUCAAUUUUGUAUUUUGAAUUAGUUAAAACUCCCAAAACAUUUUUCCGAAUUACUGAUUGAGCAAAACAUCAAUAUAGAAAACAGAAAAAAGAAGUUUUAGUUUCGAUACAGAAAAAUACGGAGUUUUUCAUAAGGCCGAUAAAGAUUUUUUUUAAAUCAUAUGAUAACCUUGAUGACAUCACAUACGCGAUUUCUCAUAAUCUGCAUUGCAUUCUUUUCACAUUUUUCAAUCGAAGCAACCCAAUUCUUUCUCUUGUAAGAUUGCUUUAAUCUAGUUUGGGGGACAACAUACUCAUGAGGCAAUUAUUUUGAAGAUUCGUGCGACAUAAGCCAAGCUGUUCGUAUCUGUUCACAAAAAACUCCACAUGAUAAGGUCGCUUCUUCAUCACUUGCACUAGAAAAACAUCAGCUUUCAAUCCAAAAAUUUAGAAUCCGUGAGUUUGACCUCUUCCUCCGACACGAACAACAGAUCCGCAAUCAAUCAAGAUUCUUCAAAUUUUCCCUCAAGUUUGGAGCACUUAUUCCAAUGGCCACCCCUGCUGUGAACAUCCGUCUACAAGGGAUACCAUGAAAUAUUAAUUCAUAAAAGUUCACUCAAUGAAAGCACGAAAAUUAUUUGAAUAAAGGUAUAGAAAAGAAAAUCUAAAGAAAUGCCCGGACCGUAUGGUAACAAAACUCGGGCAGUACACUGAGUCAAUUUGGGUCAUUUUUAAAUUUCUCAAAACCUCAAAAAAGCUUCGUUUUGGUUCAAAACUAAUUCAUGGUUUUAUGCAGCAUUUUUUAUUUGAAAUGGAAUAUUUUGGUUAACCCGUUUUUUAAUGAACACUUCAUAAAACCAAAUUUUCUCGUGAACGUUUGGAUAUGUUUGAAUUGAAUUAUGUCAAACCAUUAUUUUUCCAACAAAUUUGGAGAUUCUAAUUGCUCUACCCUAUUGAAAAAAAUUAUACGUCAAAGGAUUGAGGAAUGCACCUUUAACCAUUUUUAAACUACCGUCAUCUUUUCAUCGAAGUAGGCAACGCUGAGAGCAAGUUCAUUCGUGUUGGGAAAAAGUGGUAGAAACUCUGACACUUUAGCACAUUUUGAAAAUUUUACCAUGCAAAAAUGUUUUCAAGAUCUUUGGGCGUCGAAUUUUUUUUACAACACUGUAUCUAUUUCGGCCGUAUGUGAUAGAAAUCGAGCUAUUUUUUGCAUCACAGCAUGUGAAAAUAGAACACGUAUUGUAAAAAAAAAACUUGAAAGCCGCAGAUCUUAAUUAAAGUACUAAAUGGUGAAAUUUGGUUUUAAAAUACAUUUCUUUUCAAGAUCCAGCGAGACGUUGAAAUCUACCACGAGAAAGAUUUGCAAGAAAGACUGUCAGAGAUAAAUUUUCUGUAUUGAAAGUUGUAAGUUAAGAAGAAGAAGAAGAAAUUAAGAAAUUUUUAGGAGUAGCUUGAUCUCAAGCAUCUCCACUUGAAAAAAGUUUCAUCGAAUAUGCAGGUGCAGAUUUUGUCAACGAUUAACAAACUUCCUGAGUGAGUAGGCAUGGCAAGUUCUUUUUCACAUUCAUGGAAGCUAGUCUCAGGUUCACCUCAGGUGAAAAUGAAAAGUCAUUCAUUGGUCAUCCAAGUCCAUGAUUAUAAUGAUGAAAAAAUUAGUACCAUCAAAAAAAAAUCGAAAUUGACUCUUCCAAAAGAUUUUGCGGGAGAAAAUUUUGAACAUCGAUAUCAUCAAUUUACAAUUUGUGACUUUAACCACACAUCCAUGACUGACACAGUAACCCGAACAAUUCAAAUGUGUCGUCAUAGCAGCAUCAUGAUAACAAAGAAAAAAACAAUUUUAUUAAAAAACUUACUUCGAUUUACCAUUAACAAAGAAAACUUUGGUGAAUAUCGCAAAUUUUAAAUCUGGAACAUUUAUAAAUCAUGUUCCAGGUUUAAACGAGCAUAAGAACAAACUGUCAUGUUCCAUGGCGCGACACAAUUUGAAGAAUGCUUUUAUUUGUACGACGAUUUCAUGCAAAUUCUUAUGCGCAUCUCACUUCGCUUCCUGUCACUUGUUUUAAAAACAGAAUAAUAAUUUCAACACAGCAUUAUAAAUUAAAGCUUGAAAAUGUUUCCGAAAUUGUGCUUCUUUAGAUCAAAAGUAGGUUUCAAUAGAAAAAAAAACUUCCCUGAGAUUCCCGCAAAAUGCGAGGGAUCACCUCACGUCUCUUUAUAAAUCAAUUAACGCUGUUUAAGAGUUUUACAAUUUUGAGAAUUCUCAGGUAGAAUCUCCAGUAUUGGAACAUCAGUUCAGAAUAAAUGAAUAAGAAGGAUCAUGGAACGAACUCACCAAUUAUUGAAGCAGGAAAUGUGUUUCCUUUUGAAGCGGAUCAUUCAACGAUGUCACCUGCUGGAGGUGGAUGAAAUCAACGGAGAAUCGGGUCGGGCACAUACAAUGAAACAUGCAAUUAUUGAUCACUAUGCUUUAUCCACUUUAUCACACACACACUUCCCAAGAAAAAUUCAUAAUUUCUCAAUGUCAAACCACUCAAAACUCAAAAAAUUAAUUUUCACUCCGACGGAGCAAAAAAAAACCACGUGUGAUACCAACAACCUAUCGCCUACUUAUCGCUGAAUUUUUUACCGGUCUCAAAGUUUAAAACUUCUAAAAAUUAUUUUUAUUUCGAUUUCCUAAUAUUAUAAAAUUUCUGUAGUGGAAAUCUGGGGAAUCGAAAUAAAACAUUUUCCAAAGGUUUUGAACUAACUAAGGGAAUAGCAUAUCGAUUUCGCCAUAUUACAAAACCAACUUACGUUGUUUUUUGAAGUUAUUGGAGAAAUCACGAUUUUUGGUCAAAGGCGUAAUCAUCUGAAUUAAAUAUUACUCAGCUGAAACCUCAAUUUUUUAAUGAUAUCAAAAAUUUACCCUCAAUGAAAAAUAAUUACUUAUCACGGUCUUGAUUGAAUUGAACCAAUGAGAUUAUACUUUCAUAUUUUGCAAUCUUUUCGAUUAAUUCCAACAACCAGAUACACACACAUCUGUAAUGAAAAAAGUCAAAACAACUGUUGAAACCUAAAUCCACCGGAAAACAAAUAAAUCUGAUUAAACUCGAUACCAAUAAUCUGAUGUUUGAUAGAACUGUGUAUGUCCCCAAACAAUGUUGCGACCAAAGGCCUACUACGAUUAACCGCUCACACCGAUGCGGAUGCUUCUGAUGAAUGUUGUAUAGCCCAUAUUUUUACUCAUUAUGAAAUUUAUGCUUGUCAUACAUAAUUAUCACAGUGCCAUCGAUUCACUACCAACAAGGUGCUAAUAAUACAAAAACAAAUAUAAACAACAACGGUUUAAAAAAACCAACACAUCAAACAAAAAUACACACUCGUCACUGUUUGAAACAGCGCUAUAAAUGUCAGCAAUUAUUUAUCAUAGCAUGAAAGGCGCUUAUCAGGUUGUUAAUUUAUCAAACGAACUCUUUAUGCAGCUAGAAACAGAAAUUGAGAAUUUGUUCAAAUAAUAAUAAUAAACACCCCACUUGUUCGGAACACUCACAGACACAUGUUCACACUUACAUAUAUUCACAUACACACAGACAAAUCUGUUGACCGAUUUUAUUGAAACACUUUCGAGUGGUCGGCGCCACCUUUUAUUAUUAUUCGGUCAUUUUUUAGCUCGUUUCCGGUCGCUUUUAUCAAUCGGAAUCCAUUGAAGUUGGUCGUUCAAACGAGCUAAAAUUGAAUCAAUUUUUUUUCGAGAGACUAACGUUGUUAAAAGUGCGCACGUGAAAAUCCAAUUCAGCAAAUAUAAACUCCAUCACGUGAAUUUGAACCUAGUUCAUUGAACGACUGAUUUUUUUUUCUUUUUUCAUGCAUAUAAUGAACUGUCACGCGGUGACAAAUAGGAAAACUCAGAAAAACCAACCCAACCGAAUCCGUCGUUCGUAGAAGGUGGUUAUGUCGGGCAAACUAAAAUUCAUUCCCAGACUGGCAAGCUGUGAAAGUGUUCCAUAGGGUCUCAUUCUCACCCCCCUUCCAUUUAUACCGAUUUUCCGUACAACAUACAACUAAUUUCUGCCAUUGACGUGUGCGUUUCAUUCCAUCGAAAAAGAGUUUAAAUUGAAUAACUGACAGGAAAAAAGCUACAAAUAUAAAACUGAACUGAACUCGGUAAUGAUGCGAAAUGUUUUUUUUCCCAGAGUAGCGUGAAUGAAUGAUUUCUAUUUGUAUUUUAGUAGCGUGUAAGGCUUAAGUAAUUGUUAGAGUAGGAAAUCAACCGAUAUUCUAGUUCACAAAAUGAAACAAAAAAAAAACAACCAACCAUUUUAUGAUAAUCUAUACAUUCUCUAGUGCUCCGGUGAGCGAAUCGAAAUCAUAACUAGUUAAAUUACUGUGUAAAAAGUUUAUAUCGUACGAUAAUAGAUUUAAAACCAAUUGAAAUUAUGAAAAAAAUGAACAAAUUAAUAGAAGCUUCUGAAGCGAUUUAAGCUUGACGAAGUGAAGCUAAUUAAGAUAAAAUAAAACCACACAACAUCAAACCAAAAGGAAAGAAAAAAGUCAUCACAAAAAAAGACACCCCAAAAGAAGAAACAAUCGAAAAAUAAAGGACGUACGUACAUUACCAAUAAAGAGAAUCCCGAAAAACUCCUC